UCUAAGCCCAAUCAACCAAUACCUCCAAAUAAACUAACAAUGGAGUGGAAGAAUUAUUAUUUGGAUGUUAUAUUGAUUCCUCUUGGUCUUCUCUUAAACUUCACUUAUCAUGCUUGGUUAUGGUACAAGGUUAAGACUCAGCCACUCGCCACCAUCAUCGGAGUUAAUGCUGCCCUCCGCCGCCCGUGGAUCGCUGCCAUGCUCGGGGACAUAGACAAGAAGAGCAUCAUCGCAAUUCAAACAUUUAGAAACAUGAUCAUGGGUUCAAGCCUCAUGGCGACCACCUCAAUCCUCCUCUGCGCGGGGCUCGCCGCCGUCCUCAGCAGCUCAUACAGCAUCAAAAAGCCACUAACUGACACCGUCUACGGCGCGCACGGGGAGUUCACAUUGGUUCUAAAGUUCGUAACAAUCCUAACCAUCUUCAUCUUCUCCUUCUUCUGCCAUUCCUUGUCCAUCAAGUUCAUGAACCAAGCCAGCCUUCUGAUCAGCGCCCCAUUGCAGCCCUUGUCCGUGCUAACAGAGCACCAUUUGGUGGACCUUUUGGACAAAGGCUGUGUUUUGAACACCGUUGGGAAUAGACUCUUUUAUUCGGCUCUGCCUUUGUUGCUUUGGACUUGUGGGCCGUUGCUUGUUUUCUUGAGCUCUGUAGUGAUGGUUCCUGUCCUUUAUAAUCUUGACUUUGUUUCUAAAAGACCAAGUGAUGGAAAAACGGAUCGUGAUGUCGUUUAAAUUCGUGGUCUUAAUAAGUAAAGAUUACAUCUUUAUUACCACGAGAGGUAAAAUAAUGUAUACUUUACGAACUAAAUUCAAUAAUAUUGUUGAAAAAUUUGAAUAGAUUAGGGUUGUGGGUCGACAUGACAUGACUCG